GGCGCCCGCCUCAGGCGCCCGGGGGCGACCGGCCCCAACCCGGCACCGCCGCCGUGCCGCGCCGCUCCAUCCCCGGAGCCGCGGACCGGUGUCCGGGAGCGAUCGGCGCUCCGCGGGGCGGUCCGCCUUCUCCGGGCAGGAUGGUGGACUUAGACAGCGAGGUGCCCCCGCUGCCGCCGCGGUACCGCUUUCGAGAUCUACUGCUGGGUGACCAGGGCUGGCAGAGCGACGACAGGGUGCAAGUUGAAUUCUAUAUGAAUGAAAACACAUUUAAAGAGAGACUAAAACUCUUCUUCAUCAAAAACCAAAGAUCAAGUCUGAGAAUACGGUUAUUCAAUUUUUCGCUUAAGCUACUAAGCUGUUUCUUAUACAUAAUUCGUGUGCUCCUGGAUGAUCCUACACAAGGACAUGGAUGUAAGGAAUUAAACCGGGAUUGUUACAAUCAAAAUUACACACCCGGAACAAUUGAUUGGUCUCCUAUUAUUUGGGUGAAUCGAAGUUUGCCUCUAUGGGGAUUACAGGUUUCAGUGGCUUUAAUAAGUCUCUUUGAAACACUGUUACUGAGUUAUCUUAGCUACAAGGGAAAUAUCUGGGAACAAAUUCUGCGAAUACCCUUCCUCCUGGAAAUAAUAAAUGCUGUCCCAUUCAUCAUUACGAUUUUCUGGCCAGUCCUAAGAAACCUGUUUAUUCCUGUAUUUUUAAACUGUUGGCUAGCAAAGCAUGCUUUGGAGAAUAUGAUUAAUGACCUUCACAGAGCCAUCCAACGUACACAGUCUGCAAUGUUUAACCAAGUUCUCAUUUUAAUAUCCACCUUACUGUGUCUUAUCUUCACUUGUAUUUGUGGAAUUCAGCAUCUGGAACGAGCGGGAAACAAGCUGACUCUCUUUGACUCCCUUUAUUUCUGCAUAGUGACAUUUUCCACUGUGGGCUUUGGGGAUGUUACACCCAAGAUAUGGCCUUCAAAGCUGCUUGUUGUCAUUAUGAUCUGUGUUGCUCUUGUGGUGUUGCCCAUACAGUUUGAACAGCUGGCGUAUUUGUGGAUGGAGAGACAAAAGUCUGGUGGCAACUACAGUCGACACAGAGCCCAGACGGAAAAACAUGUUGUGCUGUGUGUCAGCUCUCUGAAGAUUGAUUUACUUAUGGAUUUCUUAAAUGAAUUCUAUGCUCACCCUAGGCUGCAGGACUAUUAUGUUGUUAUUUUGUGUCCUACUGAAAUGGAUGCUCAGGUCCGGAGAGUGUUACAAAUCCCGAUGUGGUCUCAAAGAGUUAUCUAUCUCCAAGGCUCAGCACUAAAAGAUCAAGACCUGUUGAGAGCAAAAAUGGAUGAUGCUGAAGCUUGUUUCAUUCUAAGUAGCCGCUGUGAGGUGGACAGAACAGCAGCUGAUCAUCAAACCAUUUUAAGAGCAUGGGCUGUUAAAGACUUUGCCCCAAAUUGUCCUUUGUAUGUCCAAAUACUGAAACCUGAGAAUAAAUUCCACAUCAAGUUUGCAGAUCAUGUUGUGUGUGAAGAAGAAUUCAAAUAUGCUAUGCUAGCUCUAAACUGCAUAUGUCCAGCUACCUCUACAUUAAUCACACUGCUGGUUCAUACCUCCAGGGGACAAACGGCACCAUGGGAAGCUUUUCGACAACUCACUGGAACCAAGCAGACUCUGAACAGAGAGAGUCAGCAAUCAUCAGAACAAUGGCAGAAAAUGUAUGGCAGAUGCUCUGGUAAUGAAGUGUUUCACAUUAACCUGGAAGAAAGUACUUUUUUUGCUGAAUAUGAAGGGAAAAGCUUCACAUAUGCUUCUUUCCAUGCACAUAAAAAGUUUGGAGUCUGUCUGAUUGGUGUUAGAAAGGAAGAUAACAAAAACAUUUUGCUGAAUCCAGGUCCUCGGUAUAUCAUGAGUUCUACAGAUAUAUGCUUUUAUAUAAAUAUCACCAAAGAAGAGAAUUCUGCUUUCAAGAAGCAAGAAAAACACAGAAAAAGACAUGAAUCAAAGUUGUCUUAUCAUGGAGCUUCUAGGUUGCCUGUACACAGUAUAAUAGCCAGCAUGGGAACUGUGGCUAUUGAUUUACAAGACACAGGAUGCCGAACGUCCAGCGGACCUACGCUAGCUCUUCCUUCUGAGGAAGGUAAAGAGGGCAGACGGCCCAGUAUAGCACCUGUUCUGGAGGUUGCAGACUCAUCCUCACUUCAGGCAUGUGACCUGCUAAGCGACCAGUCAGAAGAUGAAACCACUCCAUCUGAUGACGAAGUCUCUGCAGGCUUAGAGUAUGCCAAGGGCUAUCCUCCUUACUCUCCUUAUAUUGGAAGUUCUCCCACAUUUUGUCAUCUUCUGCAUGAAAAAGUACCCUUCUGUUGUCUAAGACUAGAUAAGGGGUGCCAGCAUAACUACUAUGAAGAUGCCAAAGCCUAUGGAUUCAAAAAUAAAUUGAUUAUUGUUGCAGCAGAAACUGCUGGAAAUGGCUUAUAUAAUUUUAUUGUUCCACUUAGAGCUUAUUACAGACCGAAGAAAGAACUCAAUCCCAUUGUAUUACUCCUGGAUAACCCGCCAGAUAUGCAUUUUCUGGAUGCAAUCUGUUGGUUUCCAAUGGUUUACUACAUGGUGGGCUCUAUCGACAACCUAGAUGACUUAUUAAGAUGUGGGGUCACCUUUGCAGCUAAUAUGGUGGUGGUGGACAAAGAAAGUACAAUGAGUGCUGAGGAAGACUACAUGGCAGAUGCUAAGACUAUUGUAAAUGUUCAAACACUCUUCAGGUUGUUCUCAAGCCUAAGCAUUAUCACAGAACUAACUCACCCUGCCAAUAUGAGAUUCAUGCAAUUCAGAGCCAAAGACUGCUAUUCUCUUGCUCUAUCCAAAUUGGAAAAGAAAGAACGGGAGAAGGGAUCUAAUUUAGCAUUUAUGUUUCGACUGCCCUUUGCUGCUGGCAGGGUUUUCAGCAUCAGUAUGUUGGACACACUGCUGUACCAGUCAUUUGUGAAAGAUUAUAUGAUCUCUAUCACAAGACUUCUUCUGGGACUUGAUACAACACCAGGAUCUGGGUUUCUUUGUUCAAUGAAAAUCACAGAAGAGGAUUUAUGGAUUAGAACAUAUGCCAGACUAUAUCAGAAACUUUGUUCUUCUACAGGAGACAUUCCAAUUGGAGUCUACAGGACAGAAUCCCAAAAGCUUACAACGUCCGAAUCUCAAAUCUCUAUCAGUGUAGAAGAAUGGGAAGACACUAAAGACACCAGAGAACAGGUUAAUUAUCGUAGUAAUCAUCGUAACUCAACAUCUAGCGAUCAGUCCGACCAUCCUUUGUUACGACGAAAAAGCAUGCAGUGGGCUCGACGGCUGAGCCGAAGAGUACCGAGACACUCUGGCAAAACAGCUGAAAGGAUAAGCCAGCAGCGAAUGAACCUUUACAGGAGGUCAGAAAGACAGGAACUUGCUGAACUUGUGAAAAACAGAAUGAAACAUCUCGGCCUUUCUCCAGCAGGAUAUGAUGAAAUGAAUGAUCACCAGAACAACCUUUCUUACAUCCUGAUCAAUCCUUCUCCAGAUACAAGAUUAGAGCUGAAUGAUAUAGUAUACUUAAUCCGACCUGAUCCAUUGGCUUAUGUUCCAAACACAGCAUCCAGCCGAAAAGACAGCUUCUGCAAUACAGUGGGACAAGAUACCAGAGAGGAAACACAACUUUGAUAUGUAAUUCAACAAAAUUAACAAUUUUAUACAUAUAGUUUCCACCAACCAUUUUGAAAACUAAGUGGUACAUUUUAUUCAGGUUUUGGAAACAAAGUGACAGUGGGUAAGUCACUAAUUUUAGAAACACGGUCUCUAGAAACUCUUAUGAGUUUCAUCAAGCUUGUUGCCUGUUCAACACUGUAGCUGAACUUCAGUUUAGCAGAAAACUUUUAUGAUUUAACCAAUACGAAGAAAUGAUCAAAGAAGUGACAGAUUCCAACAUGUUUAACUUAGAAGCUUCUAAGUAUAUCUAUCAAGGUGGCAACACGUCAGUGAAUAAGCUACUGACAUACAUCAUAAAAGAUUAUCUGUUGUCCAUCAAGGGAUCAUGUAUGUGUAGCGGAAAAUACGUUAAUAAUUAUAGUUGCCAAAGAGGCUGUUUGUGCCAAGAAUACAACCUCUGAAAUAAUUUUCAAGCUUAACUUGUCAUCCAUUUAUAUUUGAACAGCCUUGUUUCACUCCCAUUAUGGCCUCUAGGACUUGAAUGUUUGCUCUGUGAGUUUACAGAUGAUGCAGCUUAGUCACGCUGUAGAGGUUAAGACCUGAGGGACAUCUACUGAAAAAUUAGUUCAGAGAAGCCCAAUAUCUCACAGAGGCAUUUCAAAAAGGAACAUUUCAUAGAGCAACUGAAGCAGAACUUUUAAGGGGAUACAGGAAUUAUAUAAAAGCAGCCUCUCAAAUUUGCAAAAAUCUGGUAAGAGAAUACGUGAAGCUAAAAAGAGUGGUAGCUUAGAAGAAAAAUGAACCAUUUAACAUGAGUUGUUAGCUUCAGAAUGGCUUCAUUGAAAGGGAACUUAAUUAUCAUCAAGUUCCAACCUGGAUGGCAGGGUUGCCAUCCACUAGAUCAAGUGGGUCAGUGAGAAGACUCAGAGGAUGAUGCCAAAAGCAAGCAUCUCCCUAGGGAGCAACUAAUACCACAGAUCCUUCCCUCUCCCACAGUGAUGCCAGAACUUGUUCAUAUUACCCAAAUAUGAUACUUGCUCAUAGGAAAUUACAUAUCAUAAUGAAAAUGAGAGAAGCUUAUCAUCUAUUCCAUAAAAUGAAUUGAACACAACAUCACAUUAAAAGGAUUUGAAGGCUUGGUUUUGGCAUUAAGUACACAAGAAAGCAUCUACAGUGUAUGAAGCAACUGAAGCUGAUACAGAAUCUCCAGUCUAUGUACGCAAGAAUCCCAGAAGUUUUGGUCAAGACUUUUACAGAAUUAAACAUGGUUGUAUGUGACCUUCAAAAAGGAAAAAAAAAAAAAAUCUCAUUCUUGCUUUGCUGUCUGUCACAAAAGGGGAAGAAUGUCCUUAAGGUUCAAACCAUCCUGCUACAAGAAUCAAUACAGGACUGUUACACAAAAAAAAAAAUUGACAGGUGGACUGAAGUGGCAAAACUGAUAAUUGUUUGAAUUCCCUUUAUGUUCUCUGUGUACAAAGAAAUGCACUUGAAAAACAUUUAUAUUCUCUUUUUAUUAUUUGGAAAAAAGCAUAGGUGAUAUUGUUCUGAAAAAUAAAAUGCCAAGAUGCCUGAAGAACAUGCAAGUAUGCUUAGCAGUAUUGCAAGAACAUUAAAAAAAUCAAAUCACACUCCUAUUAGGAAUAACAUGAGGUGCGCUAUUUUUUCUUGUCUUCCUCUUAAUUCUUCUGAAACUAAACUGUAAGAAAUUAGAGGUCUUAGAGCAGACCACAGUCACCAGAAAAUCAGCACAGGAGCACAAGAACUCCUUUUUUUGUUUUUGUAUUUACAUAUUGAAGUAGCAACAGAGGGUCGGAAUAGUAUCAGUGACUAUGCACAGAGCCCAGUGUUUUUCCACACACACACACACACAAUUUAUCAAAUUAUUAAAUUCUGAAGUAUUCAAAGUAUUCUGUAUGUUUUCCCUGGGCGCUUUGGGGAAAAGGGAUGUUAUCAAUUGAAACAGUUGUUCAGACCAUCUCUUAGACAGAAUCUUGUCCAAGUCACAUCACAGAAACUAUCACAUAGAAACAAUUGGGUUCAUAAAAUGAAUAGCCUUCUAUUUUUAAUACCGUCAGUGAGAAGACUAUUCAAGUUGUAUACUUGCAAAAAAAGAGAAGUGUUUCAUAAAAUGUUCAGUCCAAAAUAUUAGAAGAAUUCUGUUUCAUACUGAAGACCUUUGUAACAGAGCCCCAAGCAAGAAAACAGGAUUUCAGAAACAUGCCUGGUACUCACAACUGGCAAGUUACUCUGCUCUCAGUGGGAUACACACAGUAUAUAUCCCUGAGUCAUCCAGUUCAGACAUUCUCUGUACAUUCCUGAAGUCACAGCAACAGAUUUAAAGACCCUCUGCCACAAGAAAAGUUAGGACUCCAUGCCUGGCAUAUACCAGCCUAUAAACAAGUAGAAAUAAGUAGUCAAGCAUAUCUAUUUUCUACCUAACUCUAUUGUCACUUGAUAUUUCCCAGACUCGAUGGAUUUUUAAUUUUUCAUUUAGCCCUAGAUUUGCUAAAUCAAACAAAAACAGGUGGAGAAAAAUCGCAGUCUGUCUGAAAUAAAACAGUCUUUCUGAACAAAAAUGCUUGGUUCUCUUCAAAUUCUACUGGAAGAUGAGCAAGGUAAUAAAAGCUAACAGCCUCUUCCGAGACAAUUCCAAUAACCCAUGGAUGAUACACUGCUCUAUUCUGUAAUUCAAGAUGUGCCACCUUUCAUGCUGGAAGCAGAACAGAUUUGUUUCCCCUGGCACACCUUCAGACCCCAUUCUAGUGGGAUUUAAACCUUUCAAGAACCAUACUGAGUACUCUACAUUAACACUGAAUGAGAUAGUACAUAUAUUCCUUGGUGGCCAAGCAGGCAGUUCUUUGAGGAUCACUUUACAGGCAAUCUUGCCUUCACAUGCUCCUUACUAAGAUUAUCAGCAAUAUAAAACAGCUGGACUGGAGAUCAGAUUGAGAAACAGUAAUAUCUAUGCUGAACGGUAGAGAAGGGAUGAUAAAGCUUUAGAGUCAUUGGGUCCAGAAGACUUGAACUUGUCAUCAGAGUUUUGUCUGAUGACAAUUCACUCAGUGACUACAGAGAUUAAACUUAUGAUCAUUUAGAAAAGAGAGUGAUUAAAUUCUAAACCAACUGUCAGAAGCCAGAUAGCCAAAUAACAUUUUUUCUCCUCAAUCAAGGAAAACGGCCGAUUUCAGUCAGUAUUUAACUGUCUGUACUUUUUUCUUCUCUUCGUAACUCAUACUUACCACUAAAUCAAGCACGAUCUCUUUAUCUAACACUUCCUGAACAACUAUCAGGAAAUUUGGAAGUCAAAAUCCUGGUAAAGGUGCUAGCACAUAACUACUACCUUAUCAGAAGUGUUUUCUCCAAAGGGAUUAAACAUGAUUUAUUCUACAAUAAAAAUGCACAAUAAGUAUUACAGUGGAAUACAUUGUGUUUCCUUUACUGUUUCACUCCAGUUCCAGAACACACAUAAACAUAUUUUGAGUUCUCAAAAUCUGCAGUAGUGCGAGUUAAUGAAGUUUUCAUUUUACUUUCCAAGUCAAAGUGUUAUAACAGUUCCUUCACACACCACCAGCUUCCUACCUCUUUAACAACUCAUAUACUUCAAAGUAUUUAAGUAACUGGAGACUUCUUAUGCAUCUGUUUACUACUGCAUCAAUAAAAUGCAAAAUAAAUAGUUUUUGGAUUUCUGCUGUGAAGGAAAAUUGAAGUGACAUCAAAUGCACCAAAAAUAACACAUAAUUCCAUAGUUUCUAGGCAGCUAGUGCUGACAACAAUCAUUUUGUAAAUUUGAAGCACUGAUGUAUGAGGUUUUGAUGCACUGAACUCUACUUGAAAUAUGAAGGAAAUCAGUAAUUACAAUCUGGAAAUGAAUUAAUAAAAACAAGCAGUACUAUAUAAUGACAUCAAAUACACGAGAUUAUUUAAAAAUAUAUUUUUUGAGCUAGUGGUAUAAAUGCAGAAAUCUGCUCCAAAAUAUUAUGCAUAUUCUUCAUAUUAUGCACUAGAAAACAGACAUACAUUAAAUGUCUAAAGGACUGCACUUGAACUUUUUGACUGCUAUUUCCUCUGCUUGAUGCAGAACAUAUAUUAAAGGGAGAGUGGAGAAGUAAUUAACAUGAAAGAUGACUAAGACCUUGCUGAUCACCAUCUUCUGAGGCUAUAAAAGAUAUUAAGGAACUAUACAAGAAAAUCAGUAUUAUUGUCAGUUAUACAAAAAAAAUCAUCAUUACUGUUCUACUGAUGCAAUAAUGCUGUCAAGUAACGGAAGUUGAACACAAAUAUGAACUUCCAAAGGCUUAAGAAGCUUAAAAAGGAAAAUAUUUCUGCUUCAUAAAGUUAAAAACAAGAAUUUGAAGUUUCUACAAACUAGUUUUCAACUUAUUAUGCAAAAUUUGGAUACAACCUAGCUAUCAGGGUAAGUUUCUCUAGACUUUUUCUCCUCAGAUAAAAAAAUAAAGAGCCAUGGGUAUUUAUUCUUGCUCCCUUCUUUCCCUUAAAAGCUGACUCAACAACUGUCAGAUUUUCACUGGAGAAACAUAAAGCAAUUGCCAUUCUCUUUGUCAAAAAGAAAAGCUGACUUUCUCCUAAGCUGCUCUUCCUUAUCUAACUACCUAAAAAUAAAGAAAAUAUGUUGAAAGGAAUAAGGAAGUAUCCUGAGAAGAAAAUUCUACCCGGAAUUUUUGUUACCACUUAGGUGAACUCCACACAGGGAAAGCAACAUAACCUCAGGCCUUCCAUGCCAUAAGAAUGCUAUCUUCUUUAAAAUACGACAUUGUUUAAUGCGUUUUUUCAACAAGAUAAUCUAGGAGGUGUAUAAUAUCUAUGUCAGCUCGUCCAAUUUUCAGAUUCUCGUUUGCUACAGUAUACCCAAGGACAUGAACUUCUGUAUUUUGUAUUUUGAAUAUCAGCUAUCUAGGAACAAAGAAUGGAAGUUACAGCAAAACUCUCAGCAAACAGGAUAAAAUAGAGGACAGAGGAGAAAUAUGCCAGUCCUCAGAAAGCCCCAACAGAACUUAAAUGAUCUAAGAAACCACCAUAAUCACAAACUAAGACAAUACAUACAAAGAGAUCUCUCAUUUUUAUAGGUACCUAUAUAAAUAUUAGAGAAAGUAGAAGUUAAUCCCAAAGCAAGAUACUUAGUAACAGAAACAUUGUAGAAUAUGGAAUUGAUUUUACCCAUGCCUGUUAUUUCACUACUUAAAGUACAGCUAUAGUUUCUCUACACAGCUAGUAUAAGAAUCAACAGUCAUAUUAUUGAUCCAAUGGGUUUGCAUAGAUGAAAGUAUUUAAGUUCAUUUAUAAUUUUAAUUAAGUUCAUUUUAUGGUUUUAAUAUACGUAGUUAUAAUCAAUCACAGCUGUGAUUCAAGCGAUCUAAUACAACUCUCAGUCCUGUAAUUGCUACCUCCUACAUCUGUAGGCACAUUUGCAAUUUCACUGUUCUGUUUUGGGACAGCAAGACAGGAAGGAUACCCUUAGCAUCUUUUUCAUACUUUUUUUUUUCCUAAUUAGAUGGGGAAAUCCACUGCCAAUGAAAAGACUUUUUCCUAGCAAACAAUUGAACCAUGAGAUGCUUUACUGCAACAGCUUUCCUCAGCACCAAUGUUAAUUACUCAGUUAUUGGACAGACUGCUGUUCACUAGAUAAAUGCUUUAAUCAAUGACACAUACUGCUUAUGCUUCAGCAUUUAUACUAGUCUGCCUUUGAACAAAUAAAUCAUUAUUAAACCUUCAUUUCAGCAAAACAAAAAUUAGUAAGAACAAUCUGGAGAUAGCCUCCUGAUUAAGUGGAGGCAAAAGUUAUGCAUUCCUGUUAGGUGCCCUAAGUCUUGGGAUGUAGCAGAGGCAGGAAAUGAACUCCACUCUGAGCCAGCCACUUUUACAAAAUCACAUGAGCCUGAAACAUCAACUACUAGGAAGUAGAAAUUCUCAUUGCCAAGAUAAAAAAAAAAAUAAAAUGUAAUUAAGUCCAGUCUUUAGCUUAGUAAGCACAGAGAUUCCUAAGUUUUUUCUACUUCUUACCUGACCCUUGAAGGGAAAGUAGAACAGAGCUAUGAUUAUCUCUCAAAUGUAUUUAGACUAUGAAAAAAAGCAACAGAUUCACAAGAGGAGCCAGUUGCAGAACAUUAGUCCUUCAGUAGAAAAUCUUACAGUAUACGCAUGAGCAAGACACCACUUUCUAACACAAAAGAGUUUUCACAGAUGCAUUUUGAACGCUCACAAAUGGCUUUGGCCGUGCCUCACUCACAAUGUACCCCUUCCGCCAAGGACAAGCUGUAGAAUUCUAAAGCAAAAGACAUAAAGACAUCCAGAAUCCAGAGCAUUUGCAAGUGGUUCCAAUCAAGCUAUGGAGUUAAAUUCUUACAUAGACCUCCAAUUCAUCUCAGGUGUUAAGUGUUCCCACUAAUAAGCUACAUGAAUUGCUCUCUGCAAAUUAUCUGGCUAACAUAGCUCAGCUGUAUCAUGUGCAGAGAAGCUUCACACCCCAGUAGACAAACACAAGAUAAAAAUAUGUGCAAUUUCCUCUGGCUUUUUUUUUUUUUUAAUUUAGGUGAGGCAAUAGGAAAGAAAGGGAGAUGUUGAUUACUUCUGCUGCAACAAGCCUGUUUCUUCAAGAAAAUUCUUUUAGUCACUCUAAGAUAUUUAUUACCAACUUCAGAAAGAACGAAAAAAUAUAUACAUGCAGGUACAAACGACAGAUAGAAACAUUCAUAGACACUUUGUUUACCAGCCCUCCCUUAUACACUUGGACUUUUUAAAUAUUUAUGAACAACGAUACUUAAUCUACAUUUGAGAAUUACAUAAUUCACCACAUCCCACCCUAGGAUCAUUUCAUUAUCGCCAUCCAAAGAGCUACUGUCAGCACUGCCUCCAUCACAUGGUAGGAGCAAUAAUAAACAAACAAAAAUAUUCCUUAAGUGCUUUCAGGAAAUGGUGCAUUUACAUAAAAUAAAGACUUCAAUACAGCUGAACACCACUCAGACAUGAUAAGCUAACUAUAAGCUUUUUACUUAAAAGAAUCUAAUGAACAAAGCUUUCAAAUAUUCCACAGUGCUUUGAGGUAUUCAGUAUUCUUGAUGCUUGCUACGCUUUUGCUAUGCUCUCACAGUGCUUAUGGCAUACGAAGUACUAUUCUGUAUCAAGCAACUUCAGUUUUCAGGCUAACCUCUUCAAAUAAUUUAUUAAUAUGCCUAGAAGGGAGAGGAAUACAUUUCAGCUUAAGAACAGCUAAAAUAAUGAGUUCUCUCUGGGCAUCUUAAAAAGCUAUGCAACUGUUUGGAAAACAAUCCUGAUUACAACUGCAAAUCAAUAUAAUAUCUGAGGCAACAAAUUACAUUUUAAAUUGGAUUGCACUGGUAAUUUUUCUUCUAGGUUACAUACAUCCAUUAUAAAAAACUGCACUGACUAGAAAAUGGUGGAAUGGAAUAUUUCUAUACAGGGCACUACACAAGCAAUUGCUCUGAAUCAGAAAAAACAUAGCCUAAAAUAUGAGAGUCUCCUCCAACACCUUCUGAAGGACAGAAGUCCUUCAGUUAAAGGUCAGGAGACCAAGCCAAAAUGAAAGUCCCAUUAUUCCAGUACUAAUGGUGCAGAAGUGUAAACAACAAGCCAGCAACUAUAAAGGCAAUUACAAAAUCUGGUUAUUGCUUAGCUUUUUCAGAGAUAGUUUGAAGUUAUUUAUGAAUGCAAAACUUAUUAUGUUUUUACCAGCCAAUAUCAGAAUUAGAAAAUAACUUUACCUUUGUAUUUCCUGAGAUUAGUCUUACCUGAGUGCAGGAGUCUGAUGCAGAAAAGUUACUUUGCCAAUAUCCUUGCAACAGCAACAGUGAGAACCUUUCUGAAAUAAUUAAGAAAUUUUUGUAAAAAGAUGGCUUCAAAAGAGAAAGAACGAUGUAGCUCAAACCUCCCCCACACCUGUGUCUCCCAGGCCAGCAACUCCAGUGCAGCCAGAGGCUAAAUAACACCCCCAGCCUCCAACAAGCUGACCUAAACCAGGCCUAGUUUGCACCACUCCAAAUCACUAAAGCCAUUUCUAUAGGCAAAAUUCUAGCACAUAAACUAAAAGAAGCAGGAGGCUUCAUCCCAUUUCCUAGCACCACGAUGCUCUCUCAGAAGGUUUCCUAAGCCUUUCCAAUAGCAUUUUGAAAGCGUUUCCCCUCAUUCCUAGAUACUUUCAUCACAUAAACUUUACCUUUUCAGAUUUCCUGCCAUAGAAGGUCAGAUUAUCAUUAUCUUCCUCCUAGUCCUGUAAAUUUGUUCACCUCUAACAAACUCCCAUUUACUUAAAACUUCUCCCCAACACUCCACCCCUACUCUUCUCCCUGCCUAUAGCAUAAAGCUUGCUUGUAACUCCCCAGUCACUAGAACCACCUGUGCCUGCAGCCAGCCUUAAGGAUCAGCAUUAUGUCUUAAAUCAGGGUGUGUUUAUUUGACUUACAGAUUAGAAUCUAAAGAUUUCUCACAACUCCAACGGUAAUAAUAUGAAUUUGAAGUGCUUUUGUACCAUGACAAUUGCAAAAUCAGAUCUCACUUUUUAAGGAAUCUGUUGUUUGUUCUGGGAACAGAUAAAGAAGUUUUGAUAUAGUUUAGGAAAAACAUGGUACAGAAAGAAAGCAAUAUUUAAUAGCAUGUUCUCUACAGAGGAAUGUGCCAGAUGCAUAUCUCUAUUUGUUAGUGCGUGCGUUAUUCUAAUUGUGCAGUCAUAACACACACAUCAAUUUGACACACUCAGUAAACUUUGCCAAAUAAACAUUCUUUUUCUGACUUGUUUGGAAAAUUUGCUUCAGCAAGUUUUUGGAGUUCUGGUACAGCAUCCUGAAUCAAGUCCCUUCUCACUAAGAAUUAUCAUUGCUCUUGGUUCUCAUCCAAUCUAUCAGAUUGCUACUGCAAUCAACCAGAACCUCGGCAGGCUUUAGGUAGGUUUCCAUAAUCAUAUAAAGUCAUACAGUCACAGAAUCACAGGAUCAUGCUGUUUGGACCAAGCUCAGAAAGUCUGCGUACACAUCACCUGCUCAAAGCAGGGCCAGCAAUGUUCCCAGACCAGGUUGCUCAGGGCUUUGUCCAGCCUGAUACUGAGGCUGGACACCUUCCACAGGCAACCAGCUCUACUGAACAACAGUAGACCUUUGUCCUCACAGGUCCUCACAGGGAAAAGGUUGCUCUAUACAUCACCUGAGCCUCUCUUAUUUUACUCUGUGCCCUUUCUGUCUCAUCCUCCCACCAGAAACCACUGUGCAGAGCCUGGCUUUACCAUCUUGAUCACCUUCUCGCAGUUGUUACCGGGGCUGUUGUUAGAUGUCCCCAAAGUUGCCUCUUCUUCUUUAGCUUGAAAAGCUCAGUUCUCUCAUCCUCUUCCCACAAGGCCUCAUGUUGUACAGAAAUUGUUUAUGGAUCAUAACUUCAAAUUUGUUUCGAAAGGGAUGAAGGUAACUGUCAGUUCCUCCAUUAUCACAAAACACAGAGAGUGGAAAAGACUCUUCCUCACGUAUGUGCUGAUGUGAAUAAAGUUGUACAAACAUUUAGCAUUUUGUAAAAGAGUUUGAAGAGUUUAUUAUUUUUUACUUUUCCUUAGGUCUGUAUGAUAUAUUUUGUUGGGCCUUAUAUUAUAGCAACAUACUUUUUGCCUUAUAUUAAAAAUCCAUCAAUAAAGAGAUUACUUCACUUAUUUCCUUGUCAUGAAACAA